UCGGUACGCCGAAACGGAUCACUCAGUCGCUUGCUGGACGCAGGCCGCACUCAAGUUCUAGUCAGCUGAUGCUAGUGUGAUAUUGCGAUCGCGAGUAAACUUUCAAUUCCUCACCAAAACCAGACUUAACCAACCGAAUCCUAGAAGUAUCGGAUGACAAACGAAAGAGCUCACGUCGAGCAUCGCCGCGUGGAUGUGAAAUGAUUUUGGUUUUAUCUCAAAGACCAGGCUUAUCUGUGUUUGUACCGGCUGUCCGGCGUUUAUCUUGCUGUCAGAAGAUUUAGAUGCAAUUAAUGUGCUCCCUUCCCGUGCAAAGCUGCAACAAUUGUGGAGCGCUACCGACGAGGCGUUCAGUUCCAUUGUAGUGCUCUGCUCGCAAGUAACCUUCCGCGGAAGGCGCUGGAUGGUUAGUGCAGUCAGUGUGUAGAACCGUGAAGAGAAGUGAUCUUUGGAUAGUGAUUUUUGGAAAAAAAAUUAUUUUACUGUAUGUAGUGAUCUAAAGGAAGUAGUUUGCAAUGGACGAGGAGACAAUCUUGCUGGAGGACUCUAGCGUAGAGCUGGCUAGCGUCUCCAACAUCGAGAGUACAACUGCACCACCUUCCACCUUCAGCCCAGUAACGAUCGUUACACAGAUUAUUACCGAAACUACCAAGCUAUUGAUCGAUUCGACGACCCAGAGUACGUCUACGGCCGUUUCUUCUACGACCGGCACACCAAGCACAGCAGCCAUGGAAACUUCGACGAUCACGCCUGAAACUACCGUAACGGAUACGUCCACCGUCGCCGCAACCGAAAGUAUCCUAGCGACCAGCACAAUGUCUACCAUAACGGAGGCAUUGCUGUUCUCCUGGUUUGACUACACGAUCUUCGCACUGCUACUACUUCUUUCCACCUUCAUCGGUGUGUACUUUGGCUUUCUGUCCAAGAUCAAGCAGAACAACAAGAAGGAAUAUCUGCUCGGGGGUAAAACGAUGAACAAAUUCCCAGUAUCAGCUUCCCUUAUUGCAAGUCACGUAUCCGGGAUUACAAUGCUGGGAGUGCCUUCGGAGAUGUACAGCCACGGAACGCAGUACUGGAUGUUCAUCAUUCCUGCCUUUACGGUUGCACUCCUGAUGAGAACGAUCUAUCUGCCAGUGUUCUACGAUCUGCAGGUAACGUCCGCCUUCACCUAUCUCGAGCUGCGCUUCGACAAGUUCGUCCGUUCCGCGGCAAGUCUGGUGUACGCGCUGCAGUGCAUCAUCUACAUCCCGAUCGUGAUCUACGUGCCGGCGCUUGCCUUCAGCCAGGUGACGGGCGUUAAUCUUCACGUCAUAACACCGAUCAUCUGUGUGAUCUGCAUCUUCUACACCACGGUCGGUGGACUGCGGGCUGUCGUGUGGACCGAUACGCUACAGUUUGUGCUGAUGAUUGGAGCGUGCAUUGCGGUGAUUGUGCUGGGCAUUAGCUCGGUCGGAGGGUUCAUGGAGGUGUGGGAAGCCGCUGACCGUGGAAAGCGCCUCAUCUUCUUCAAUAUGGACCCUAACCCAUUCGUUCGAACAUCGUUCUGGACGGUCUGCUUAGGUCUGACGACCCUCUGGGUCUCCAACCUUGCAGUGAACCAGGGCUGCGUACAGCGCUUCCUAGCUGUGCCCGACCUCCGGGUGGCCAAAAACUCACUCAUCAUCUUCACCGCCGGACUGAUUUUCGUCAAGAGCUGCUCGUGCUUCAUCGGCCUGCUCAUCUACGCCAAGUACGAGACGUGCGAUCCUUACUCCACGCACAAGAUCACCAAGAUCGAUCAAAUCCUACCGUACUACAUCAUGGACGUUGGUAGCAAGAUUCCCGGCCUACCCGGGCUGUUCGUGUCCGGUAUCUUCUCCGCUGCCCUGUCGACGAUGUCCUCCGUGCUGAACACGCUAGCAGGUACGAUCUACGAAGACUUCAUCCACCACCGGAUGCCGAAUGCAAGCGAGAAGAAGGCCAGCAACAUCAUGAAGAUGCUGGUUGUGGUGUUGGGUUUUCUGGUGCUCGGGCUGGUGUUCGUGGCCGAACGGAUGGGACAGGUGAUGCACAUUGCCAUCUCGUCCUCCGGUGUCACUUCCGGUACGAUGUUGGGCAUGUUCACGGCCGGUAUGAUAUCGCGGCGCAUGAACACGAAGGGUAUCAUCAGUGCAGCCGUUGUGUCGAUGGUGCUCACGGGCACGAUCAUGACCGGAGCUCAGCUUAAUCCUAAACCUCCAAUGCUUCCGCUACGCACGGAUGGAUGUGACGCUGGUGUUAUCGCUAAUGUAACCUCCAUUUUGAGCAGCACGGUCCCGGAGACGGUCGAAGCUGACACUAUUCCAUUCAUCUUUAAGCUAAGCUUUAUGCACUACUCGCUUUUGGGAUUGAUUAGCUUCUUCGUGGUCGCGUUCGUGGUGAGUGAACUGACCGGUGGCGGUGACAUCAGUGACGAGCGGUUAUUGGCACCGUUCCGGCGCAGCCCGGAAAAGCUCGAGAAGGAAAUGACACUGUUGAAGCACAACAUCAAGUACGAGGAGAUCGAUAUGGCGCUGAAGGAGCUACAGAAACCGUCGGAUUUGGAAAAGAAAUAAAUUCUAAAUAUAGGGUCAAGCUGCAGCAAUGUUAGAGUAAAUAAAGCUAGCAAAAUGGUACGUUAAUUCAUUGUAA